AUGACUGAAACCAAACUUGACCUGAAAACUUCAUCAUACUUUGCUUCGAAAGAGCUUACUCCCCCUGAGAACCAAGGUAGCAUUAUCGAAGUAGUACAAUCCGCCAUUUUCAAUACCAUAACAAAUGAUCUUCUAGGUCUGGGCAUCCUGCACAACACAACAAUGAGCGGUCAUGAGAACAGUACGAUUAAGUUCCUUGGUGAGUUGAUUAAUGAACAACACAACACAAAGGCCCCUUGUGGUGACCGCGCCGCCGAUUCGGUGAACCGGAACCUUGGUGCAGUGUAUUUCGUUCAUGAAUCUAACGGGGGUGGGUUUUUGGUGUUUUUUGAGUCUAAAGACAAUGGGUUGUUGGUGGUUUCAUUUGGUUGUGAUGUUGCUGCAAGUGGUGUUACGGUAGUGAUGAACUGUACCUUGCCACCAACCUGGGCAACCUGUACCUUGGUGGCGCCUUUUGUUGCUUUAAAUCCUCCCACCAGUCUAGGAAGCAAGGGUUCUUCACUAGGGCAGAAUCUACAACCUUCAAGCCUAGACAUCAAGGAAAUUGAGACCACCAACGAACUAAAAAGGGAUAAAGACUCUUAUGUGAGAGCUAUUUUAUCAAGAUAUACUCAGACGUGGGUCGAGAAGACCAAAUACCAGAUUGGAUAUCCGGCAAAUUUGGACUUUGAUUAUGGGGUUCUUAAUCAAUUGCACCUCUUUUCCAUGAACAACAUCGGCGAUCCAUUUAUGGAAGGGAAUUAUGGUUUGCACUCUAGAGAUUUUGAAGUAGCUGUUUUAGAUUGGUUUGCAAAUCUUUGGGAGAUUGGUAAACACGAAUAUUGGGGUUACAUUACAAACGGUGGGACCGAAGGAAACCUUCAUGGCAUACUUGUAGGAAGACAGAUUUUACCCGAUGGAAUUUUGUAUACCUCAAAAGAAUCACAUUACUCCAUCUAUAAAGCUGCACUCAUGUAUCGAAUGGAAUGUGUGAAGAUUGAUACUUUAACUUCAGGAGAGAUCCACUGUGCCGAUUUAAAGAUGAAACUUCUUCAAAAUAAACAUAAACCAGCUAUCAUAAAUAUCAACAUAGGAACUACCAUGAAAGGAGCCAUUGAUGAUAUCGAUCAUGUUAUACAAACUCUGAAAGAGUGUGGCUUCACAGAAAAUCAAUUCUACAUCCACUGCGAUGGAGCUUUAUCUGGUCUUAUGCUUCCAUUUCUAAGACAAGGGUCUCAAAUCACAUUCAAAAAGCCAAUUGGAAGUAUUAGUAUAUCCGGCCAUAAAUUUUUGGGAUGUCCAAUGCCAUGUGGUGUUCAAAUAGUGAGAAUAGAGCAUGCCAAUGUUCUUUCUAGAAACGUUGAAUACAUAGCUUCAAGAGAUGCUACAAUAACGGGAAGUAGGAACGGACAUGCCCCGGUCUUCUUAUGGUACGCAUUGAACCUCAAAGGAUACGAUGGAAUCGAGAAAGAAGUUCGAAUUUGUUUGCGUAACGCUUAUUACCUCAAAGAUCGACUUAAAAAAGCCAAAAUUAGUGCAAUGCUUAAUAAGCGAAGCAACAUUGUGGUGUUCGAGUGUCCACAAGAUAAGAAGUUUGUUCGACGUUGGCAGUUGGCUUGUCAAGGGAACAUAGCUCAUGUGUGUGUUAUGUCUCAUGUGACUAAACAGAAGAUCGAUAAUUUUGUCGAUGAGCUCGUAGAGAAACGUUUAAUAUGGCUGAGAGAUGGAGCCCACAAGCUUGUAUGUGUUGCUUCGGAGAUUGGUACGGAGAAUUGUUCUUGUGGUCUACACAAUUAA